AUGGGAUCAGAUGAGAACCCACGCUUCGAACAAUACAUCACCCAUUUUGUCAAAUCGGGUCGGCAGUGGGUUACCCAAGCUUAUGCUAACGUUACGCUUACGCCGGCGAUCGUUGCACCGGAGAAAACGGAGCUCAAACACAUAGUUUUUGGCAUUGCAGCGUCGGCAAAGCUCUGGGAGAAACGGAAGAAUUACAUCAAGUUGUGGUGGAAGAAAGAGGCGAAAAUGAGGGGGAUUGUGUGGUUAGACAACCCAGUCAAAACCCAACCUGAUGAUGGUCUGCCGCCGUUAAAAAUUUCCGGCGAUACCGCGCAUUUUGCUUAUAAGAACAAACAGGGUCACCGGUCGGCGAUUCGGAUAUCCAGGAUUAUUUCGGAGACGAUACGAUUAGGGAUGGAUAAUGUAAGGUGGUUUGUAAUGGGGGACGAUGACACAGUGUUCAUUACUGAUAAUCUUGUUAGGGUUUUGAACAAGUACGAUCACAAUCAAUAUUACUACAUCGGAAGCUUGUCGGAAAGUCAUCUCCAGAACAUAUACUUCAGCUACGGCAUGGCGUACGGCGGCGGCGGUUUCGCUAUCAGCUAUCCCUUAGCUAAAGCUCUGGAGAAGAUGCAAGAUCGGUGUAUUCAGAGGUAUCCCGGACUGUACGGCUCCGACGAUCGGAUGCAGGCGUGUAUGGCUGAGCUCGGUGUGCCACUCACCAAAGAACUCGGCUUUCACCAGUAUGACGUGUAUGGAAACUUAUUUGGGCUACUUGCUGCACACCCGGUGACACCAAUAGUCUCAUUACACCAUCUUGAUGUUGUGGAACCAAUCUUUCCUGAAGUGACACGUGUCGAGGCUCUAAAAAGACUAAUGCUUCCAAUGAAACUGGAUUCAGCUGGACUUAUACAACAAUCCAUUUGUUAUGACACUUCAAAAAGUUGGACAGUUUCGGUUUCUUGGGGAUUUGCAAUUCAAGUUUUUAGAGGAAUCAUGUCCCCACGUGAAGUCGAAAUGCCUUCUAGAACUUUCUUGAAUUGGUAUCGAAGAGCGGAUUAUACCGCGUACGCGUUCAAUACGCGUCCGGUUGCUAGAAACCCGUGUCAGAAACCGUUUGUGUUUUAUAUGACAAAAGUGCGGUUGAAUUCGACUACGAAUGAGACUGUGAGUGAAUACACGCGACAUCGUGUCCCUCAUCCUCCUUGCAAAUGGAAGAUGUUGGAUCCUUCGAUUCUUGAUAAAGUUGUUGUUUAUAAAAGACCGGAUCCGCAAUUAUGGGAUAGGUCUCCGAGGAGAAAUUGUUGUAGGGUUUUGGAGUCGAAGAGGAAAGGGUUGGUUGUGGAUGUUGGGUUAUGUGGUGAAGGGGAGAUAAGUGAAGUAGAAUAACAAAAGCAAAAACCCAUGGAAAGAACAAAAAAAAGGGUUACUUUUGUUCUUGUCUUGUUUUCUUGUAAGGUACUUUCUUUUUUAUUUCUUUAUGUUUAUUUUUAGCAUAAUUUCUUAAUUUUUCAAUGCAUUUAGCUUAUUAUCGUAUAUGAGUUCUUUGUUCUUCUCAAGUUCGCUGACACAAUAGAUUAGGAAUUAUGUCAAUGUAUAAACUUUUGUCGCUUACACGCAAUAAAAC